AUGAAGAGGAAAAUGCGUCGGCGGCCAUCUUGGGGGCGGGGCAUCAUCAGGAAGAAGAAGAGCUACAAGAAGGGAACGGAGGAAGAGGAGGAGGAUGAAGGUGCAGAGCCUGAGCCAGAGACGGCGGGACCCAGCGAUUCCUGUCUGACUCAGGAUGAAGAGUCUUCCUGCGACACCAUGGACCCUCAGCCCAACGGACACCACACACACCCUCACACACACAGCCUCUCCACGGAGGAAGAGCGCUCCAACGAGGCACCUAGGGGCCAGAGCACAGAGACCGAGACCCAGGGGGAGAGUAGGACAGGGACAGGGCCCAAGAAAGAAGAGACACCGGCUACAGACGACAAAGCCAAAUCCACCUCCACAGACAAAGACCUCCAGUCUAAAAGCGAGUCUUCCCUGUCUAAAUGUGAAGAGUCUCAUUGUAAAGACGAGGAGCCUCAAGGCCAGGACAAGUUGAUCCAGUCUGAAGGUGAGGGGUCAUUUAAAGAUGAAGAGCUCCAGUCUAAAGAUAAGGGGGCCGAAGGCGAGAAGUCCCAAGCCAAGCCUGAUGAUCCCCAGCCUAAACACAAGGAGGCCCAGGUCCAGUCCAAGGCUGAGCAGCACUCGUCAGCCCCUAGGGCGGCCACAGCGCCCCCUGUCCCUCGGGAGGAGAGUGUGAACGGGGAUGAGUCCAUGGACAGCCUGGACUCACAGGCCCUCAAGAGCUCUGAGACAGAGGAAGGGCCUACAGAGGUCACGGGUGAGGGGGCAGAGGGGAAAGAUGAUGAGGUGUCGAUGUCCGCAGAGAGCAGAAGUAUUCAGGAGCGCCCUCCUCAGGACGGGAGGAAAGGAGACACUGAGACGGGCGAGGAGGAUCACCAGCAGGAUAGAGAAGGUACUGAGAGAAUAUCUGUGGCUAACUUCUACCUACUCCUUGAAUCCUGACUUGAAAUAUGCUGUCUGUCUUUGACUUGUAUAAAUAAUGCAUCAUGUCAAUGGGUUAAUUUGAGUUACUCUGAGUUACUAUAAAUUCUGAUCUUUCCCCCAGAGAGCACCUGACAACCUAGAAACACAUCCACACAUUAAGUCAGCGACUUUCAGUUACUGUAAAAUAACUGAAAUAUAAUCUGUUUUGUUGAUUUUCUUCCAAUAUAUGUGAUUUACACUGAGUUUGCUGUAAAACGACAGGACAUUAAUAAUCCCAGAAGUAUGGGAUGUGAAAUAGGAAAUGUUUUCCUUUAGUCUACAGACAGCAUAUUUCAAUGAAACCCUCAAAAGCUGCUGGGGCCGUGUACCUUUUGUAGAAUAUCCAAAACCACCCUCGAGAUUUAUCCUCAAAAAAACUUUUCUCCCUCACUCACAUUUUUUUAUUUGGCCUUGGACCGUUUGCCAUUGAUUUAGUGGCGUAUAGUGUCUGGGACAAGUUUGUGUGUGUGUGGUGUCUGGGACAAGCCAAUAGGCCUGUGUGUGGGAUAACCAAUAUGCCUGUGUGUGUGAUUAACGACUCAGGGCUGUGGAUUGGAAGCCCUGGGUGGCUGGGGGACAUUUCUGCUUCUUCUGUUGUCUUUUUGGAUCCUACAGACAGUGUAUUACCACUCAGGCUGGUAAACUAGAAGCCAACAGAUCACAGCUAUUAUUGUUCUCUUUGGUUGUCAGGCCUUUGCUUCAAUCCAAACAAGCCCUAGUGUGUGAAUAGGCUUUGUCAUAUGGUAUGUUCUCCUAACCUACCUGGUUAAUGAUGGUAAAUAAACAAUUAUAGGUCAAAGGUGAUUGUAGGUGGGCUGUCGUUUACCUGUUCUCUCUUUCUGUUUCAAGGCGGGUCCAAGGGAAGGAUGUGCAGAAAGAGUCAAUCAGAGCAGUCGAAGGGAUCGGCUGACAUGACAGAGGAGGAGUCUCCACAGAUCCCUCCCACUCCACCACCUCCACUAGUGGUCGAUCACCAGCGACUCAUGGUAAGUGAUAUGUGUGUGUGGCCUUUGUAUGUCUGUGUCUUCUGUGUCUUACCUCUAUAAUUACUUUCUAAGUAAUGCUGAACACAUCCCUGAGCAUGAAAGUGAUGAGUUGUGGUGGUAACAGCAAUAAUAGUGGUUAUGUUUGUAGUUUUAGCACAAUGCCCUUCCACAGCUUACUGUCUUGUGAAAACGCCAUUCAUGUUAUCUUCAAAGCAGUGCCUUCCCUCCAGUCAUUUCCUACACGGCAUUGUAACUGGCAAUGUCCCCUUCCUAAUCCCAACCACACACACUACACGCCCAUCUCAAAGGCCUCCUUGCACACUGCUUUAAUUCAUCCCUUUCUCCUUUCUUCCCUUUCGUUCUGUCGCUCCCAAACGCAGAACACACUGCACUUGUGUCUCUCAGAUGGGAGAAAAUCACCCGUCUGCUGUUGAGCAGUUGAUGAGAGGGCAGUGGGGGAUUUUGGAGGGGGUAAAGCAGCAUGAGGGGUGGAGUAGAGUAUGAAAUGGUGAUUGAAGGAAGGAGAAAGAGUGAUUGGAGGGUGGAGGGUGGGAGACUGGCCCCUAAUCCUCCCCAGGAUUCAGGCCUCUCUGGGGCUGCUGGUGUCACUCUCUCCCUUCUCAAAUGGAUGCUCCUGAUUUCCCAGACUAAUAUGGUCUCCUCUCGGAGACCCCAGUCUUCUCUCUCUCUCUCUCUCUCUCUCUCUCUCUCUCUCGCUCUCUCGCUCUCUCGCUCUCUCUCUCUCUCUCUGUGUGUGUGUUCAACGAGACACACUUUAAAUCCCAGAGAGGACAGAUCCAAUUUAAGUGGCAGAGAGCAGUGAAUCUUUGAUGCAACUCCACGUCUUCACUCAAUCAACAGGUGUUGUUCCUUCCAUACAGCCAUUUUAAGAAUGCAGCCAGGACAUGACUCAAACAUGAGGCGUUCUGCGCUUUCUACUCUCCACGCUACCCGCUCCGGCAAGUUGGUCUCCCAAUUGAUUGACAGGAUAGGAAAGUGAAUAUGUGCAACGGUUUCCAGACACUUUACACAGUCACGCUUAGGUUCCACCUAAUUCCCUGGGUGUAAAUUGGGGCCAUGCUCUCUUUUUAUACUCCUUUCACACUCUUCUUUUCCCAGCGACUCUUCUCUCUACCGACUGACCAAACGGCCCUGGUAAGAACAGGAAGAGACAGCAUGGUUGUAGUCUAAUUGGUGUAAAAUAAGUGCUUCUCUGACGUGCGCUCCAUCCAUGUGUUCUCUCUUCCACCAUCCCUAUAUUCCACUGCGACACACCCCCCCCAUCCCCUGCUAUCAAAGCAUUAUCUCCCCCUGGUUACCCUUGCCCCAGGGGGUAACAGAGAUUGAGUGGUGCGCGGUUCCCACCUCGCCUCUCCUCUCCCCUCGCCUGUCAGUGGCGUCUCUCAAAGUGAUUGACAGGUCUGAUCCUUCCUUCUGGUCACAGGCGGGUCGUGGUGGGCCGACGCUCCCGAUAAAAAAAAUAAAAAAAAGAUGCCGCGCCACAGAGUCGCGGGCGGCUGCCACCACGAACCGUGGGAACGCAGACUGCGCUAAUCUGGAGGCUUAUUUCUUAGGCAAUGGAAAAAAGAGGAGCUAUCUUAAAGCACAGAUCGUGAAAAGAGGGCACUGUGAAUAAUUGCUUUUUCAUCCACCCGGCUUACGGAACAAAUUGAAUUUCCGGUGAGCGGGGUGAGAGCCUACGUUUAAGGCUGAUAUCUCCACAGUGGUCGGGUAGGGCUGGCUUGCUGCCUGAUGCGUAUUAGGAGGGGAGUGGUGUGGCACGUUCCAUUCCUCCUCUCUACUUCUCUUUCAUUUAUAUUCAUUAAUUGGAGGUCUCAUUACUUCUGACAUUUAACUUGGAUGGCAGGGCCCCUGAAAUCCCUUUUGGAAUUAAGCACAGCUAGAACUCUGCUAGUUUGUGCACAGUUGUAACACUGAGGUUCUACUAGGCAUGCAAAUGGUUGUCACCAGCAGUGUUCUUCAACCCUGCACCUGGAGAUCUACAUGGUGUGCAGGCUUUUGGUACAGUCUAGCACCAACACACCUGAUUCUACUAAUUAGCCUACUUCUUGGUGGUUAGUUGAAUCUGGAUUUUAAUGCUGAGCUGGAGGAAAAAUAUAGUGAGGAGGGGGGAAUUUAUAGUUAUUUUGGGAUGAUAUUAUAUUGAUAUUUGAUUCCAAGUAUCAAUUAGUACAAAAUCUAAAAUACUUAUUUUUUUCUGCUAUAGGUAGCAUUAGCUAGUGCUAGUCGGCUAUACCUGAGACAAAACUCAAUUUUUUGUCCUAUAGCUUAUUCUCCAUCUUCUUUUGAAAUAGUGAGCCAAUAUGUUUUCAGCACUUUUUUAUUUCCCUGACGGAUCAAAACUUGUUUUCUCAUGCUCUCUUGUCUCUCUGCAGCAGACAUAUAGUGCGAAAUACUGUAUGUUUGGAACAUCAAAUCGCAAUAAAAUUGCAGUAUUGAAUCGCAAUACAUAUAGAAUCAUGAAAAUCGUAAUACAUAUCGUAUCGGUACCUAAGUAUGUUGAUAAUAUCGUAUCGUGAGGUCCCUGGCAAUUCCCAGCUCUUAAAAAAUGUGCACAUCCCCAGGACCAGGUUGAAGAAACUAGUGAAGCACUGUCGUUGAGCAUUAUACCCUGCCCCUCUCUGUUUAAUGAAUAAUCAGCUACACUGACAGACAGAAAGAACCUUCUCAUAAGUGCCAGAGCUCCCGGCAGUGACCAUUGUAGUUGCGCUUUACGACCCUUUGACUUGGCUGUGCGACCAAAUCAUGGGCUGGUGCCACCAUUUGUGAAAGUUAGUGCCACCAGGGGAAAACGUUAGUCUUGUGCCCUAGAUUACAGCAGAAUGAUCAUCUAUUAGGGAAUCAAAUCUCAUCCCAUUCUUUCUAUCCACCUCCCCAAAGAACACGCAGGCUUGGCUACAAGACCAGGCAGGGCAAUUUUCCUUAGAUGUGUUAAGCAGCUGCAAAUGCCCAGUGUGCAUAUAUAGGCUGUCAUACUGAAGACUCCUCUCUCUCCCCUGCUGUCUAACUAUUACAGCAUGUCAAGAUUUCCCAUUUCAGAGCUGUCCAUCCACAGAAAUAGACCCAUUUUCAGUUUGUCAUCUCUGCCCAUUUCCAACACUAAUAACAGCAGAGAGGCAGAGAAGAGAGAGAGGGCGAGAGUGAACACCUGCUAGGGGAAGAAAACUGCUUAAUGGCCGGUGCCAGGAGCGAAGCGUUUUGAUUGUCAAUAAAAAUAAAUAACUUUUGGAGUGCUUGCUUCCUUUUCAUUUUUAUUCAUCCCCGUUGAUGUUUUUGACAGAGCGGCCAUUUGCAUGUGAUAACAGUUUUCCAUUUGGAGGACUGGCAUUUUGAAAAGGCUUUCAUCCACGUCGGGAUCCAGCUACGUCAGCACAUCAGCAAAACACACAUGCGUGCGCUUACACACACACAGAGCGAGAACAUGCACACACCCAAAAAUAAACCAGUCAUCCGCUCCUCAUGUCCAAAACCACUCUCCGUGAGUGACUAGCACACACACACGGCACAUAGUCGUGUUUUCCCCACUCUAAUCUACAUUGUCAAAAGCGUUUCUCUGUGAAAGUGUGAGUGGCAUAAUGCGUUCAUUUAUGUCCAAGCUGUCAGGUUAGGCCUAACUGUCUGAGGCUGUAUGCUUUUGACAAAAUACUGAAGAUGAAAGGGCAAGGAGAGGAGAGGGAAGCGAGGGAGGGGAAGAAGAGAGGAAAGAAAAGCGAGAAAAGGAAGGAGAUGAGCGAAAAGAGGAGGGAGAAAAGCACGAGGGGAGAAUAGAUUGGAGUCCAAUGUUUUCUCAGAUAACAGCUAGCUAUAGACAGACUCUACAGAGAGGCUAAUUGCUGACCUCAUCCACUUGUGAGUUUAUUAUUGUGGCAUUAAGAGCUGAGAACAACUCCAGCAAUCAGUCGCUCACACACUCACACUCAACAAGCGCUGCUGGAGUCAAUAUUGCACAGGAGUCACUGGUGUAACUCAGUUUCUCUGGACCCCCGCAAGGUCGGAUUCCCCUCCCCCCCUCGCUAAAAUAAAACAAAUCUGUGUCACCCAGACAGCCACUCACAAAGUAUAGACUACCAAUCGCUUUCCAUGGUGCUGAAAUAGUGACGUCUAUGCAGCUGCAUGCCGAUGAUAGGCUUUCUGUGGUGCCAGGACAUGUACAGUGCCUUCAGAAAGUAGUCAUACCCCUUGACUUAUUCCACAUUUUGUGUUACAGCCUGAAUUCAAUAUAUAUAUUUUUUUCAUCUACAAACAAUACCCCAUAAUGACAAAGUGAAACAUGUUUUUAGCCAUUUUUGCAAAUGUAUUGAAAAUGAAAUGCAUAAAUAUCUAAUUUUCAUAAGUAUUCACACCCCUGAGUCAAUGCUUUGUAGAAGCACUUUUGGCAGUGAUUACAGCUGUGAGUCUUUCUGGGUAAGUCUCUUAAGAGCUUUCCAUACCUGAAUUGUGCAACAUCUGCCCAUUUAUUAUUUUCAAAAGUCUUCAAGCUCUGUCAAAUUGGUUGUUGAUCAUUGCUAGACAACCAUUUUCAGGUCUUGCCAUAGAUUUUUCAAGUAGAUUUGAAGUCAAAACUGUAACUCUGCCACUCCGGAACAUUCACUGUCUUCUUGGUAAGCAACUCCAGUGUAGGUUUGGCCUUGUGUUUUAGGUUAUUGUCCUGCUGAAAGGUGAAUUGAUCUCCCAGUGUCUGGUGGAAAGCAGACUGAACCAGCUUUUCCUCUAGGAUUUUGCCUGUGCUUAGCUCCAUUCCGUUAAUGUUUUAUCCUGAAAGACUCCCCAGUCCUUAAUGAUUACAAGCACACCCAUAACAGCCACCAGUAUGCUUGAAAAUAUGGAGAGUGGUACUCAGUAAUGUGUUAUAUUGGAUUUGCCCCAAACAUAACGCUUUGUAUUCAAGACAAAAAGUUAAUUGCUUUACCACAUUUUUGCAGUAUUACUUUAGUACCUUAUAGCAAACAGGAUGCAUGUUUUGGAGUAUUUUUAUUCUGUAAAGGUUUCCUUUUCAAUUUGUAAAUUGGAUUAGUAUUGUGGAGUAACUACAAUGUUGUUGAUCCAUCCUCAGUUUUCUCCUAUCACAGCCAUUAAACUCUAACUGUUGUAAAGUCACCAUUGGCCUCAUGGUGAAAUCCCUGAGUGCUUUCCUUCCUCUCCGGAAACGGACUUAGGAAAGACGCCUGUAUCUUUGUAGUGACUGGGUGUAUUGAUACAUCAUCCAAAGUUUAAUUAAUAACUUUACCAUGCUCAAAGGGAUAUUCAAUGUCUGCUUCUUUACUUUUUUCAACCCAUCUUCCAAUAGGUGCCCUUCUUUGCGAGGCAUUGGAAAACCUCCCUGGUCUUUGUGGUUGAAUCUGUUUGAAAUUCACUGCUCGACUGAAGUGAGAUAGUCGUUCAAAAGUCAUGUUAAACACUAUUAUUGCACACAGAGUGAGUCCAUGCAACUUAUUAUGUGACUUGUUAAGCAAAUGUUUGAACUUAUUUAGGCUUCAAACAUUUGAAUUUGAGUUUAAUACUUAUUGACUCAAGACAUUUAAGCUUUUCGUUUGUAAUUAAUUUGUAAAAAACUUUGACAUUCUGGGGUAUUGUGUGUAGUCUAGUUACACAAAAUCUCAAUUUCAUCAAUGUUAAGGCUGUAACACAACAACAUUUGGAAAAAGUCAAGGGUGUGAGUACUUUCUGAAGGCACUGUAGGUCAGGAGCAAUAGGAAAUAGUUGGGGUGUUGGUUUGGGCUAUAGCUUUGCUUUAGCUAAUGGAUAAAUGUUUAUUGGUAGGCCUAUUUGGUCCUCAUUUUCUCAUGUUAAGCCUAACAUUUCACGAAGCUAUAUACUGUAUCGCUAUGCUGCCAUUUUUAGACUGCUGGCUGGUGGCAAUAAUGGAAUCACUUAUUCAGUAAUUAAAGUUGGAAAUUCAAAUUAAUUUUUGAUACAGCAGCAUACUUAUCAGCUAGUUUAGAAUAUACAACUAUCCUGUGGGCUAUAGGCUACCUGAAGCUGCAUGACAUGAGCCAUCUUCGAGCUCUCUCCCAGCUUUGAUAGAAAGUUGUGCUUAAAACCAGUCUAUUAAUGUCAAAUAAUAACCAGUCCACCCUCAAAACACUAGCUUACUAGGGACUGUUUCAUUAUGCAGCCUACUAUCUAUAGCUAUAUAGUGUAUUUAGCUACUAUUUAGCUGCCAUUUAUAUAUUUUUUUAUAAUAAUUACACAUCAUAUAGCCUAACAAUGAGGAAAAAAGUAGUCGGCUUGAGGAUAAAUUCAGCCACUAUUGUUGAACUCAGUGGGUUUUGUCUGGCUAAUAGCCCCCACAAAUGGGCUGCAAUAUUCAAGGUAAAUGAAAUACAAUCUAAAUUGAGAGACUCCCCUGGUCUCCUGAAGUCCUCCUUUUUUGUGUGCAAAUGUUUUCACCACAGCCUGUAGGUCCAGGUUGCGAGACUGACAGUUUUCUAUACCGAGAAUGGCCAACCCAAACAGUCUUUCCUGAGACAUUGUGCAUUAUAUGUCCAUUGCGCUGCACACAAUUUAAACGUAGUCUUGAAUGAUGCAUGCCAAGAUAUACCAGAGAUAAGGGACUGUUGAUAUUGCAACCACACAACUCAAAUGCCGGUUCACCAGUAUGAACUAAAUCGCAAACCGCUUAUUUUGUUCAAGCCCUCAAGAACUGUUGUCUGCUAAAGAUGAUAAUCUGUUUGCUUCUGACAAUGUAUUGUCUGUCCAGUAUCCAGAUGACCUAUCCCCAGAGCUUCAAAUACAGUUAAUCUCUUUCCAUAAUGUGUUGAAGCCAGCAAUUAAGGAGAAUGAGCGGCUCAAAGAUGUCGCUGAACUGAUGUAUUUGAAGCACCAAUACAUUCUGCCCAAAUUCCCUGAUGUUGCUACGACAAUCAAGCUGUUUUUACCAUCCCUGUAACUGUCGCUUCUGCGUAGGGAUCGUUUUCUAAACUAAAACUCACAAAGAACUACCUAAGAAGCAUUAGGCUCUCUGCGCUUUUGAACAACUGAGUAAGCUCCACUCAUUGCACUGGCAACGUCGUAGCCUUGACUACAGCAUUUGUUCACUGAUAUCCCCUUAUACUUUCAAUAUUUUUCAAGGCCUGAGGCACUUUUUCAGUUACAUUCCUGAAGCCCAAGAAACAACACUUAGCUUCCUAUUACAUAUGGAAAUGAAAAAAGGUUUAUGAAUGACUUUUUUGAGGUUUACUGUCAAUGAUAUAUAUAAAAAUAGACAUCAAUGACAGGCGCAUGGGCUCCCAGAGCUUGCUGGGGCUGCGAGGGUGUCAGGGUGUCAGGUACGCCAGUGACUGGAAUUAAUGGAAGAAUUUGCCACAGGUGUAUGCCAUCUUCUAUUCCCCAUACCAGGCCCAUGACACAGCCAAGUCCCCUCAAAUGAGGCUAGCAUCUGUCCCAGAUAAACUUCUUAACACCUGAUGGUCAUGUCCCCAAUACCACCUGAUGGUCAUGUCCCCAAUACCACCUGAUGGUCAUGUCCCCAAUACCACCUGAUGGUCAUGUCCCCAAUACCACCUGAUGGUCAUGUCCCCAAUACCACCUGAUGGUCAUGUCCCCAAUACCACCUGAUGGUCAUGUCCCCAAUACCACCUGAUGGUCAUGUCCCCAAUACCACCUGUUGGUCAUGUCCCCAAUACCACCUGUUGGUCAUGUCCCCAAUACCACCUGUUGGUCAUGUCCCCAAUACCACCUGUUGGUCAUGUCCCCAAUACCACCUGUUGGUCAUGUCCCCAAUGCCACCUGUUGGUCAUGUCCCCAAUGCCACCUGUUGGUCAUGUCCCCAAUGCCACCUGUUGGUCAUGUCCCCAAUGCCACCUGUUGGUCAUGUCCCCAAUGCCACCUGUUGGUCAUGUCCCCAAUACCACCUGACGGUCAUGUCCCCAAUAACACCUGACGGUCAUGUCCCCAAUACCACCUGACGGUCAUGUCCCCAAUACCACCUGACGGUCAUGUCCAGACAUGUCUCUGUUUUUAAAGCUUCAAGGCAUACUUCAGGAUUUUGGCAAUGAGGCCCUUUAUCUACUUAGAGUCAAAUGAACUUGUGGGUACCAUUUUUAUGUGUCUGCGUGCAGUUUGAAGUAAGUUGCUAACUAGCGCUCGCAAAACUACCUCUAACUUCCUUCAUACUGGACAUAAAAAUGGUUCAUCUGACUCUGGGGAAGUAGAUAAAGGGCCUCAUUGCCAAAAUCCUUAAGUAUCCUGUUAAUAACAUCCCUGGUGAUGGAUACUGUGGAGCAUCCAGUUAUUCUCUCGCUCUCCCCCUCUCUCUGCCUCCCUCUCUCUCUCUCUCUUUCUCUGUGUGUAUGUGUGUGUGUGUGUACUUCAUUCCCAGGGCUAGAGCAGCAGGCUCAUCUGUGUUUUCUAGCAGCCUAAUACACAGCCUUCUACAGCCCACCUAACACUACAGCUGUUGAAUCCACAGAAGAUCAACACUAGCACACAGUCCUCCAUAUGAAACACUGUGAAAGGGCCUUCCAUUACACCAAGAACUGCUAGAGACAGGCAAAAACAGAUAGCUGUAUUAAGUGUGAUUGACAUUCACGACCUAUGUCCAGUGAUCUCAAAGCAUCAGCACAUGACCAUGAUGUAUUCGCUCCUUCACUUUCAUAAGAAUUCUAAAGGUGUUGUGAGGUGAAAGCUUAUCACGUGUUUAGUGUGACAUCUGGGUUCCCAGUAAGGGAUCAUCACUGAUUUAAGGGCUGGUGUUGAGUAUCAAUGCUAGCUAACAUGUAUACACUAAUAACCGCAGGCUCUGCAGGGUGAGACGUGAGACAUUUAGAUGCCGAUGUAACACUAACUGUUAACACGCAUUUAAGUCAUCAGCUCGCCAGUUCAAAGCGUUCACACCCAAUGCUGUGGCUAUUUCUGUACCCUGGCAUAAGCUGUGCCUUGGUCUCCAAUUCAGAGAUUCACAUGGUACAGGGCUGGGCUCCAGGAGCACCAGGUGGACGUGUUUGUGUGCGCAGUUAGCGGUGUGUGUUGCUGUGAUGUUUGUUACUGCAGUGUGCGUUUGUAGAGGUGAUGUGUGCUGUUCUCAGUUUCAGGUCUAUGUUCUCAGAAUCACAGGGAGCCUGUCAGAGGCCUCGUUAGCUGCCCUUGAUGGGCUGAAACACGCAGGGAACACAGCCAUGUUAACACUGUGUGGGUAUUGAGUUGGCAGUGUGUCUACUGUUGGUUGUGGGUGUGUCUGCAGAGUUGGGGGUGUGUAUGGAGAAGGGUGUGUGUGUGUGUUGCUGUUGACGUACUGGUGUAGUCAUCUGCUUGGCCUCAUGCUGUGCCUGAGCUGAUAGGUCAGAGGUUACCAUGGCUAUGACACCAAUAAAGCGCUUCGUCCUCCCGUCUGGGUUCCUUCUCUCGCUCAUAUGUUUUCUCUUUUCUUUCCCCUAUUUCUCUCUCUGUCCCUCCUUCUGUCCUUCUCCCGCUCUGUACCUAAGAGGGUGCAUUAGCAAGAAACAAGGCUGAGAUGGUGCGGAAGAGGUUGAGAGAAAGCGGGGGGAUAGAGCUGUGAUGGGGAGGAGGGUGGUUUGGGAUAGAGGAAGGGAGGGGGGAGUUAAAUGGUCCGUGUCACAGCCCCCUUUAACAGGCUGGAUUACAGCUCCUUUGUAUGUUGGGAGCUUACUACCUCAGGGGGUCUGCAAUCCUACCACACACACACACACACACACCUUACCCCCGCUGUCACUAUUGGCCUGGGCAACUGGACAAAGGCACAGCUGAUUAAAUCAGCCAUCUAACAAGGAGAGAGGCAGAAAGUCGAGAGAAGGACGACGACGGGGGGAGAUUAAGAGGAAGAAGCAUAGGCCUAGAUGUGGAGAGACACGGGUUGAAAAAGGAGGAGGAAGUUGAUACAGUAGUGCGAUGGGUAAAAUAGUCAGACUUUUCAGUGUGUUCUAAGAGUCACUGUGUCAUUAUUUGCAAUUGAACAAAUAGACAUCACCUCACUUUAAUAAUCCUGACAUUUCACUGAGGAACACACACCUUGUUCUUCUGACACACACACACACACACACCAUUCCCGUCAGGGUUUCUCUGUUUGCCAGGUAUCUAAUGACUGAAAUAGCAAAUCACACUAGACUAGAUUUACAGUCUAUGCAUUUUGAUGAACACACACACUGUGGCAAGCUGAGACGGAGCAGGUCAAUCGAAAGGGUCUUUGACUGGCCAGAGUGUUUUGAUUAAAUAAGCAAAGAAAAGUAAACACUGAGCUAAUUAUGAUUUGCUGGAAUUAGCUGUCCCUCUGAUCUUAAUUGCUUUUGAAUAUAGCUGACCUCCAUUUGUGUGUUUUGGUGUGAGAGAGUUGUGCUUGUAAUGUGAAUGCAGGGUAUGUGUGUAUGUUCCCUGUUGCAUUAAAUGCUGUACUUGUGUGUGAUCAUGAUUUUUCAUGUCUAUGGCCUGAAUGUGUUCUCUCAGAGGCAGCUUGUCUUUUGUGAUGUGUAUAAUAAUAUAGUGUGUAUAAGGUGUGUUCUCUUCUCCCAGGUCCUCUUGGACACCGUUGUAGAGAGGAGUGAAGGCUACAGCGUGGAGCGCUUAGAGAGACUCUUCUCUCUCCUCAGUCAGUGCAUCUACCAACACCGCCUGGACUACGACAAGACACGGCUACUGGAGGUUAGACAAACACACACACACACACACACACAGCUACAGACACACACACAGUGCCUUCAGAAAGUAUUCACACCCCUUGACUUUUUACACAUUUUGUUAUGUUACAAAGUGGGAUUCAAAUGUAUUUAAUUGUCCUUUUUUGUCAAUGAUCCACACACAAUACUCUGUCAAAUAAAAAAAAUUUUAAAUGAAAAAUAAAACACAUAUAUACAUAUCUUCAUUAGAUAUGUAUUCAACCCCCUGAGUCAAUACAUGUUAGAAUUACCUUUGGCAUCUAUUACAGAUGUAAGUGCUUUUGGGUAAGUCUCUAAGAGCUUUCCACACCUGGAUUGUACAAUAUUUGCCCAUUAUUCUUUUAGGAAUUCUUCAAGCUUUGUCAAGUUCUUCAAGUUGGUUUUUGAUCAUUGCUAGACAGCCAUUUUCGAGUCUUGCCAUAGAUGUUCAAGCUAAUUUAAGUCAAAACUGAAACUAGGCCACUCAGGAACAUUCAAUGUCAUCUUGGUAAGCAACUCCAGUGUAGGUUUGGCCUUGUGUUUUAGGUUAUUGUCCUGCUGAAAAUUGAAUGUCUCCUAGUGUCUGUUGGAAAGCAGACUAAACCAGGUUUUCCUCUAGGAUUUUGCCUAUGCUUAGCUCUAUUCCAUUUAUUUUUUAUCCUAAAUAACUCCCUAGUCCUUGCCGAUGACAAGCAUAACCAUAACAUGAUGCAGCCACCACCAUGCUUGAAAAUAUGAAGAGUGGUACUCUGUGAUGUUGUGUUGGAUUUGCCCCAAACAUAACGCUUUGUAUUAAGGACAAAAAGUUCAUUUCUUUGCCACAUUUCUUGCAAUAUUACUUUAGUGCCUUAUUUCAAACAGGAUGCAUGUUUUAGUAUUUUUAUUGUGUACAGGCUUCCUUCUUUUCACUCUGUCAAUUAGGUUAGUAUUGUGGAGUAACUCAGUUUUCUCCUAUCACAGCCAUUAAACUCUGUAACUGUUUUAAAAUCACUAUUGGCCUCAUGGUGAAGUCUUUGUGGCUGAAUCUGUGCUUGAAAUUCACUAAUCGACAGAGGGACGGUACAGAGAUGAGGUAGUCAUUCAAAAAUCAUGUUAACCACUACCAUUGCACACACUGACUUGUUAAGCAACUUUUUACUCCUUUACUUAUUUAUGCUUGCCAUAACAAAGGGGUUGAAUACUUCACUCAAGACAUUUGAGCUUUUCAUUUAAUUAAUUUGUUAAAAAUUCUACAAACAAAAUUCCACUUAUGUCAGUGACACAAAAUCUAAAUUGUAUCAAUUUAAAAUUCAGCCUGUAAUACAACAAAAUGUGGAAAAAGGCAAGGGGUGAUAACACUUUCUGAAGGCACUGUACACACAGACAAAAGCUUAUUUGACCCUUCCAAUACUCUUCUGCGGUAGAUGUGUGCCUGGUUUCUGGAAGCUAAUGGUGAGACUGAAGUCUACUACAGGUGUGACGGUAGUAGGCCUAACAACUGCCACAUUGUCUGACACAUAGUCAUACUGAGUGCUACAGAGGGAGUAGCCUGUGUUGUGUGAGGGUCGCAUUAACUAGAGGCAGAUAGAAAUGUCUAUGGCUAGUGCUGUCAGAGCGAGGACAGCGGGGGUGCUGCUGUGGACGCACUGGACAGACAUACAGGCUGGCCGCUAGAGAGAGGAGGGUUGUAUGCCUGGUCAUGUUGGUGAUUCUCCUGUCCAGGGACCAGAGUUGUUUCUGUUAACACAGCUGCUCAACAGAUCAGGCACGUCUACAGCACGUUAAUAACCCAGCCACCUAGAGCAGACCGACACACUAGCCCUUUAGAACACACUGUGUGUUGGUAAAAGAUGUCUGUUGUUGUCGUCCUUCAUCUUGUAUGUGCUUGGCAGGGCAUGGGGAGACAGAAUGGAAUGUUAGGGCUGGGCGAUAUAUCAAAUUAAUUUUGUUUUAGCGCAAUGUUCCAAAUGCCUGUAUCACAAGAAUCAAGGUUUUAAUUUAAAAAAUUGCCCAUUUUUAGAAGCGUUUGUCUUUUUGGUCUUGUCUCCUUCUAUUCUGUGUGCACUGUGCACCUUCCCACUCGCACAGACACCAAGCCCCUCCCCCUGCCACACACAACAACAAAGACAAAAUAUCACUUCCUCUCUGACAAGCGGUUUCAACUCGUUAUUUGAGAUUUGGUCUAACAGAAUCGGUCAUAUGGACACCGAAACACAUUGAAAUAUGAUUUUACUGUAAUAGAAGAGAAGUUAACCAUUCUAAUGAUACCCUUUGUAUGUCUCAACUCCUCAAAUUGUGCGAACAGCAGACCCUACUAAAACGGGAGUAUCAAUGAACAUUGACUCUGUAAAUGCUCAGUUUCUGUCAUGCCCGCGCAUUGCGGUACCACAUACCGCUAGAAGCAUUUUAGCCACAGACUGUUAAACUAGCUGUCUAGUCUGUGUUUAAAAAAUGUGCGAAGAGCAUAAAAAACUAGCAUGCUGUAUAAACAGUUGGAGACUGACAGAAGGGUGUGUUCAUAACAAUUCAAAUAGAUCCAAGUUGGCUAAACUUGAAAUAUAAGAUUAGCUGGCUACUCACUAGCAUGUGGUGCUUGAUAGAUUGUUUAUGAGACCAGUGUUAAUUUUUUUUAAUUUCUGGAGGAGAAAGUGGAGAUUUUCAGAGGCAAGCCGAAGUCUACACACCUUCGUCGGUGAUCGGUCAACAGUAAGGAUUCUUCAAAAAAGUGUUUGUCAUUCAACGAGAGACGAAUCGUUUAAGCAAAUUUUUUCACUUGAGAAAUACUGCACCAAACAUCUUAGUUAGAUGUAAAAUUGCGUGACUUAGAUCACCUCUGCAAAAAUACCAAAAUGAAUUACUUAUUUCUGACUAUUUUGAGGAAGUGUCUUCUGGCUACAGUUCUAUUGCCACUUUUUUCUUGCUUUUCAAGCGAAGGUCUUUUAAGGGAGUAUGCGAGCACACUGGUUCGGUUGGCCUAGCCGAAGCAUGUGGAAGGCUUUACAGUGACAGGGUGUGAGGACUGUAAGCCACAUAGCGCUAAGAGAAGCAGGGUGAUAGAACAGGGUGUCUUUCUAACACCUCAGGAAGGUGUUAAAUUUAAGUCAAAAAAUUAUCAGCAGCCCGAUAACAUGCACACACACACGUGUUAAAAGCAGGUAUGUCCAUCUGUCUAGGUAAAGCUUUCUGGGAUUUUCUAUUCUCAGUUGCAGUGUAAAGUUAAUGGGCUUACUUUUUAAUAGCACCUUUCAGCAGGUCUUAAUGUGCUUUACACUGUAUAGGGGUAACUCACCUCAUCUACUUAGUGUGUAGAACUCACAUUCUUAAUGACAUUGAGAAUAACACCUCACUUAGCCAUGUUGAAAAACCUUUUCUUUUUUUGGGGGGGGGGGGACAAACCUUUUUAGCAUAUGCUUCUUUUGGAGCGUUUGGUGCCAACAUGGCUCAUUUUAAUUCAUUGUGCACCUAUUAGUAAGCUUGUGGUUUCAGUGGUAACAUUCAAGUGAUCAUUGUGUAAACAGAUGUGAUUCAUACAGACUAUAUAUUCUGACCUGUUUGUUUUCUGUUUUUUUUUCAGGAGAUGGAGAGGAAAGUCCAGAAUUUCAUUACAUUCCUGUGAGACCCAGCGAGACAGUCAGGUUGACCCUGAUUUAG